AGGUUAGAUGGGUAAGAUGGUAAAUUCGGAAGAGGAAGGGGGAAGAAACGGAAAUGGCGAACGGAAGUGGAGAGAAUGUAUAUGCUGAGUUCAGCCAUUGGUUUUAUCAAACUUUGGACUAAAGGUAUGCAUAAUUAAGCCCCCUCCAUUGUAUUCCCAUCCAACCUUUUCAUCCUCCAAACCCCGUCAUAUAUAUACGCGUGUGCAUCUCUAUUUCUCUCUCGCCUUCCCUUCUUGAUCGUUGCUUCAUCCAACGUCCUGCCCAAGCUUCAAGCUUCCAGCUUCGGAUGACAUUGUGAUUUACACCAUUCAUUCAAAACAUUCAAUCCCUUUUGGCUUUCGGGAUUUAUUGGUUAAUGCUGUAGUUGGCUGCUUGAUGGAAGUUUGUUAGUUGGGUGCUUUCAGAUAAAUUUUCAUUUGCUGCGAUUGUUGAUAUCAUUCACUUUGGAACUUCAACAUUCUUCAUUAAAAUGUCGCUCUUGUCAAAGUUGCGCUGUAUCACCAUAGAUGUUACUGGCACAUUGAUAGCUUACAAAGGAGAGCUAGGUGAUUACUAUUGCAUGGCAGCCAAAUCGGUGGGGCUACCAUGCCCCGAUUACAAACGUAUGCAUGAGGGUUUUAAAUUAGCUUAUAAGGAGAUGGCAAAAAACUAUCCAUGUUUUGGAUAUGCAGCAAAAAUGCCUAACAUCGUUUGGUGGAAAACUUGCGUUAGAGAUUCCUUUAUCAGGGCUGGAUAUGAUUAUGACGAGGAGACAUUUGACAAGGUGUUUAGACGUAUAUAUGCAUCCUUUGGUUCAUCUGCUCCUUAUAAGGUGUUCGAAGAUUCCCAACCAUUUCUUAGAUGGGUGCGUCAGCAAGGCCUUAUGGUUGGCAUCGUGAGUAAUGCAGAGUACCGGUACCAGGAUGUGAUCCUUCCAGCCUUAGGCUUGAAUCAGGGAUCAGAAUGGGACUUCGGAGUAUUCUCCGGUCUCGAGGGUGUGGAGAAACCAGAUCCUAGAAUCUAUGAGAUUGCGAUCGAGAGGGCUGGAAACAUAGCUCCAGAAGAAGCUCUCCACAUUGGAGACAGUUUGCGAAAAGAUUAUAUCCCUGCAAAGAGCGUGGGAAUGCAUGGUCUGCUAUUGGAUAGAUUUGAGACAUCAGACGCCGAGGACUGGAGGAAAUCUGGGGCAGUGGUGCUUCCCGACCUGAUGGCUGCCAAAGAGUGGCUUCAGAAUAACUGAUUUGUUAAGUUAUAUCUGCUUCUCUUGUUAUAGAGAAAAAAAAAAAAAAAAAACAGCGUAAUGUUAAUUUACACAAGGAUUUUACCUCAGUGAAUCUGCUUGAAAUCAUGCAUCUGUAAGUGGUUGAGUCCCAAUUUCACGACUGGCAGCUGAUUUUUGAAAGCUUUGCUGUUUUCAAUAAUAAAUUUUUGAGGUAUGAGUAUUGAACCC